UCCGGGGCAUGUUUGGCUCCCGGCGAGCAGCGCGCGCCCGGGGGGCGGGGGCAGUAGAGCGGGUUGUCCGGAAGGCGGAAGUGCGGAGGCUUCCGGGCGGCGUGGGCAGCGUGUGGCGUCUGAGUUCCUGGGUUUUCUCAGGUAAACUAUGGCUAAAAGUUUACGGAGUAAGUGGAAAAGGAAGAUGCGUGCUGAAAAGAGAAAAAAGAAUGCCCCGAAGGAGCUCAGCAGACUGAAAAGUAUUCUUAAAGUAGAUGGUGAUGUUUUAAUGAAAGACAUUCAAGAGAUAGCAACAGUGGUGGAACCCAAACAUUGUCAAGAGAAAACGCAAUGUGUGGUGAAAGAUGAAACAGAUGACAUGAAAAUGGAGACUGAUAUUAAGAGAAACAAAAAGACUCUUCUCGACCAGCAUGGGCAGUACCCCAUAUGGAUGAACCAGAGGCAAAGAAAAAGACUGAAAGCAAAGCGAGAGAAAAAGAAGGGGAAAAGCAAAGCAAAGGCCAUGAAGGCAGCAAAGGGUUUGGCCUGGUAGACUCUUAAAAACUUGAAAAGUGCCACAUGGGACGGAUCUUUGAUUAGAAUGUAUACAUUGAUUUCAGCUUCCACCACAUGAAAAUUUUGUUUCCAUUUUUUAACUUGGCCUUUUCCUUCAGUUCAAGCCCAACGUAACUCCUCAAAUUUGUGGUGGUAACUUGAAUAAAAUAUUUUCUUUGAUGAAUGAAAGCUACACUGAUAUUUUAAUUGAAUGCUAUCCAGUAUGCAGGGAUUAUCAGACAUCAGAAUUCUCUCAAGUAUUAAUGCGGUUCUAAUUGUUUGGUCUUAGAAAGAUAAAACAUGAUAUUAUGCUGAAAAAUUUGUGCUAACUCAGAUUUAAAGUAAAUUAUUAUGUAUCAUGUGAAAAUGUUGGUGAAUUGUGUAAGCAGUACUUGUUUGGGGUUUUGAUUUUGUAUCAUUCAGAAUAAGAGAUACUCUGUCUAGAUCUUAAAGAUCUAUUCUUUCAUAUAUCCUUAAGGUUUCCUAGUAGUAGGGAAGACCAGAUUCUUCAGUUAAAUUUUUUAAAAAUCUUAAAUUUUUAGGUAGAAUAUCGACAUGUACAAAUUAUUAUGCUCUUUUUAGGAGAUUAGAACAUUUUGGGGACUAGUUUAAUGUUCUUCAAUUUUUAUAUUAUUCUCAGAGUAUGGUUCUCAGAAUUAGCCUUUCUGGAUGUGUGGUGAAAAAAAUACAUGGACACGUCCGUUUGGGAAAUGAUACAUACUUGAAGAUUCAAAAAAAAAAAUGUUAGCUUAGUACAGGCAUAUCUCGGAGAUAUUGCAGGUUCAGUUCCAGACCACUGCAAUAAAGUGGACUAUGUGAGUUUUUUGGUUUCCUAGUGCGUGUAAAAAUUAUGUUUACACUAUACUAUAGUCUAUUUUGCAGUAGCAUUGUAUGUAAAAAAAUGAUAUACAUACCUUAAUUUAAAAAUAAUGCUUUGGAAAAAUGGCGCUGAUAGACUUAUUUGACAGAGGGUUGCCACAAACCUUCAAUUUGUAAAAAAAAAAAAAAAAGCAAUAUGUGCAAAGCACAAUAAAACGAGAUAUGCCUAUAUAGUCGUAUAGAGAUAUAGCAGACUUUUCCAGGUGCCAGAGGCCCAGGGAACAAGACAGGGUGUCUGCCCUCAUGAGUAUGUACUCAGAAGAGGUUGUUAGCUUCAGAGAAAACCAAGUUAAAAGUGAGACCUCUUAGAAUAAGGUCACUUAGUCAUCAGGACACAAAUUUUGUACUGGGUAUGCUGCUAGGCUAGGACACAAUAUAGAGAUAAAUAGGAAACGACCCAAAUCUUUUAGGAGAUUUGAAGCUCAAAUUUAAUGCUAGUAAAAUCUUAGUAUUAUUUUAUAUAAUAGACUUUUCUCAAUCCGUUCAGUGGUUAGUUCACCAAAGAGUGGAUUAUUUUCAAAUACUUACGGAAGCUAAUAGAAGAUGUGAGUUGGAAAGUUCAAAGAAGUUCAUGGCUUUCUUUUGCCUUUUGGUAUAAUUUUGAACAACAGAGUUUGUGAGAAGGCAAAUACAUAAAUAUUCAUGAAAUAAAAAGUUGCUAACAUUAUCUAAUUAAGCCAUGAUAAUAUCAGCCUAAUAAAAAGGGGCUAAGUUGUUUACCUUUUUUUUUCCCGUCGUAGGAAUUGUCUACAUCAGUGAUGUUACACACUUGGUGUUUAUUUAAAAUUUGGCAGCAUUGUUAGGUAUGUUUUUGCUGGAUUUUUGAGGUCAAAAGCCAGUGCCAGGGUCAUGUUCAUGUUUUCUGAGGCUGAUAACCUCCAGUUUGACUCCAACAGAAAGUAGUAGCUUUGAGCUUUCCUCUAGGGCCUUUCAGUGACGUUCGGCUAUUCACUUACGUUUGUCUAGUCAUGAACUUUGUAUAGUCAGGAUUUAACUUAAAAGUUAACAAAAUCAAAACUCAGAAUACCACUACCAAAAAAUGUAUUUGAGAAACAUAUUCUGAAGUGCCCUGUGUCCUCUGGCAAGUUGGCUGUUAGAGAGAAAUUGUCUUGCGUAGCUUGUGGUGGGGGCCUCUGAGAUCACUGAUUUCCUGAAUCGUGUGGCCAGUGGGAUUCUUCCUACCUCCAAAUUUUGGUGGGAAAUUUAGACUACCAUUCCAAAAUGAGUGCAGCCUGUGAUCACUUCUUGUUGCUUUUUUCCUGAAGUUUCUAAGUUAAGAAGUAAAACAUAGUCCUUUAAUCUCUUAAAUGAUUAGCUUAGCUUCAUAAAAUUUGUCAUCUCUUUAUUUGACUGAUGUUUUCCAGAGAAUUCUGUAAAACCACCAGAUGGAGCUCAAGCUAAGCACUAAAUCAUUUUUUGGAAUUAGAUUGAGUGGGCUAAAUCACAUUAGGGAUUGAAUGUGACAUUUUAUUUUAUUUUUGAUUUUUAAGAAAUUGAAAUUAAAAUAUCAUCUAAGGAUAAUCAAAAUUGCCUUCAUUUAUUGGUUGCUUUGCAUAUCAGGACUUGGUCUAAAUUAUUUAAUCCUAAACUCUUCAAUCAAAGUAUUAACUCAUUUAAUCCUCCCAGCAAUCCUAUGAGUUUGGUACUGAUGUUAUCUCUAUAUACAACAGGGGAAACUGAGGCACACAGGCUGGAAUUCAAAUUCAGAGUCAAGCUCCAGAACCUAUACUCUUACAGUGCCAUUCUGCCUCUCAAGGGUGUGGAAACCCUUGCUAAGAAAAAAUGUAGUUUUAGGGUAGAAUACUUACUUUUGGUUCAAUCUAUUUGGGGGGCUCAGGAUCAGAUAAAAAGUAGGUUUCAGAAGAGAAAUGAUUUAUAGACCCUUUCUCAAAUCUCUAGGCCUAGACCAGACUGGAGUUCCUGUGGUAGCACGCCCUUAGAAUGGGAUGACCCCAUCCUAAAGCUAUAGCCCACAUUCAGUGGUACCCAAGCUGCAAAUCAGAGAAGAAAUGUGAACUGCAGUUGAAGCUCUAAGGUAGAAUCAAGUGGUUUUGACUACAUCUUUUUUCUAAUGUCACAUUUUAGGUACAUUUCCCCCCUAGUAGUUCACAUGCUGCCUAGAAUAAAGAUGCAGCAGGAUAUAUUUGCUUAUGAGGAAAUCUGAAUAUUUUCAAAAUUUGGAUCAGUAUAUCUGGCGUAUGAUUCUUAGGAGUUGGAGAAAAAAUAACUGGCUAUAAAUGACUUGAUUUAAAUCUCUGAAAUGGGCUGGUGUUGAUGGUGAAGGUAGUGGGGUAGUGGUGUGCAGGAGUAGUGAAGUGCUAGCCGCAAAAUAGAAUAAAUAGGAGGAAUCUAAAGAGACCUCAGGGAAUUCCCAAAUUUAUAAAUACUACAGUUGAGAUGCAGAUGAUGGGCUGUUGACUCAGCUUAGCAGCUAAGCGACUAACUUCUGUUGCCACCUGGCAGAGUGAUUCACAUUCACGGGAGGCACAAAAUACGAAGCUUUUUCCCUGUAUUUGCCAGAAUAUAAAAACACCCUUGCAGCAGGCACAUACCGGUUUAACAAGGAAGUGUCGAGGGGGAGCAGGGAGCUGUUAAAUACUCAACAUCAGGUUAAGGCCACUGUUGCUCCCAGGGCCCCAUCAGGCAGCAGGAGGGCCAGGGCGAGGCUUACGCCUGCUUACAAGACCCCCUAAACCUGACACAGUUGAACGCCAAGAGUCUCCUACAUCUGUUUUAGAAUAGGAGAAAAAUAGGAUGUGAUGUCACAUAGGACUCAUUUGCUAGAAUAGUAGUAAUCAACAUUUAGAGAAUGCUUACUGUGUUAACCGCUUUACCUGUAUUAUUUCAUUUAAUCUGUAAACAGUACUGUGGGAUCCGAGCUCUUAUUAUCCAUGUUUGUAGAGGAGGAAACAGCUUUGUUGAGGUAAGUGAAGUUGCCCAAAGCUAUGCAACUAUUAACUAGUGAGCAAGACUGUCCUAGGGUGUAGAAUGAAUGUGUUUGAUGGGAAGCUUCAGAGACAGGUUUUGAUUCAAUCUAAGGAAGAACCUUCUAACUGAAAUGUUUGUUGGGUGGUGGCACGAGCAGCCUUCGGAGGACUAUCCUGUCAGGCUAAGACUGGACAGCCACCUGGUUGGAAUGUGGCAGAAUGGACUCAGAUAUUGGACUUGGACUUGGAGUAGACAGCUGGUGAAGUCCUUGCCAGCUAAGAAGUGCCUUGCAGGAAGUUGUCACUUUGAAAUGUGCUGAUUUUGCCCUUAGUUUUUGGGCACCCCGUGACUGCAGACUUAAGUAUCUUUUUGGUGGAAAUAACAAAAUCUGAAAUCUCCUUAAAUUCGUUAAUGUCUUUUAAGUCUGGUAUUCAUUCCACUAAGUUCCACUUUAAAGUAUGGAAAAACGUUAUGAACAUCUGCUUUAAACAACGAAUGGGGUGAAGUCCUUUGCAUUUUAAUUUAAAGAACAGCAUAGUUUUAUAAUACAUUAGGUGUAUAAUAUGCAGAAUGUAUUUAAUUUCCUAAAGCGAUGAUUUGUCUUGGCAUUGUGCUAUCUUAUGAAACACUUUCUCAUUCUCACAUUGUGUCUUUUUAGUUUUCAAUAUCAGCAAAACCUUUAAAUAGUCUUAGUUGGGUGUUGUGUAUCACUGUACAGUAACUGCUAGUACAUAUGGUAUUUCUGAUCCAUGUAAUAAAGUACAUUUGUCAUGUAUCUUGUGAUCUGCAUACCUUUCAGCUGUUACUUCAUAAAUCUGUUCCAUCAGAGAACUGCUUUGUAGAGCAAUGGUUGAAGCUGCUUUUAAUAAACUAAU